AUGAUGAAAGAUAAGACGAAAUUCCAUAGAGCUAAGCCAUCUAGUAAAUCAGCUAGACUGAAUGCUCUUAUCUGGAUGACUGGAGGCAACCUUUAUUCACCAUUUUUGUGGUUUGUGCUGUUUUUAAAGACAAUUAAAGUCUUCUCGUAUCAGAGUUUAGGUUGCUUUGAAGGAGCUGGACUUAAACCUCCUUCGUACAUCCUGGAGAACAUGAGGGGUGGUAUCGUCUGGUCUGAUCUAACACCAAUCAUUUUGAAAUGUGCACGAUUAUCUCUUGAAGAUGAUAAGAGGAUAUUCGGAAUAGAGUUUUAUGGUGAAUGUUGGGCUCUUCAUAAUGCAUCCGAUUCGAGCGUUGCAAUACCAAGGAACCCUGGGUGUGUAGUCGGUGAUUGGACGGGAAACUAUUUGAUUGGAGCAGAUAAUGAAAUUGCACUCUAUAGACAUGAUAUUGGUUUGAUAACUACACGCUUCAUCACUAAUCACCCUGGAUCACGCCCUGCUAGCGAUGCAGCAUUACUAUUACAAUGCGCCAGACUUUGUCACUCCAUAGACUCAUGUACGAGAUUCUACAGUUCAUCUCUGAAUGCAUGUGAGAUAGAGACAACUUCAGGAAAUGACUCAGUUAUAGAAUUCCAUGUCUUGGAUAGAAGUAGCAGAUGGAACUGAUAUGUAUCCGUGUACACUAAAAACAUUGUUGCCCAUGUUUGUUCGUUUGUUUGUUUGUUUGUAAUACUAAGAGAAAGCUAAAAUAGGAAAUAUUUGAUUUCAAACUUACUAAGAAAAAUUUAACAAGGCACACGCAGAUAUCACACUACCAAUAAGCCAUAAGCAU